AUGAAUUAUUCAUUUUUGCUUUGUGCAGCAGCAUGUAAUACUGUUGGAGGAGCUGCAGCUUGUACAUUACCUGUUAAAAGUACUAAAUGUGCUGAUGUUGCCACAAAUUGUGAUAGUAUAAAAUAUUUAUGUACUAAUCCUACUUAUGCUAAUUUAAUGGCAACAAGAUGUAUGAGUACCUGUAAUACCUGUGAUGGAAAACCAGCAACAACAGCUCCUUCUCAGAAUGCUACUACCAUCAAGUCUGUAAAUACAACUACUAUUGCAACCACAACAAUAGCUACUACUACUAUUUAA